UGAAGUACCUUCAGCAAAAGCAAAAUGGCGGCUGCCGAGGACGACAACACGAAAGCAUUGAGAUCUAGAAAUGUUUUUGGAAGUCACGAGAACGAGGCGUUUUCAGUGUUCAAAGAGCUUAGGGAUGACGGAGAACUCUUGGAUGUCACGCUUCAUGUACAGGGUGAAGAGAUCAAAGCACACAGAGUUGUUUUAGCAGCUUGCAGUCCGUAUUUUCGUGCGAUGUUAACAACAGGAUUCGCGGAGACGUUUAUGAGUACGAUUCCGUUGCAUGAAUGUGACCCUGUCGGCGUUCAAUCAAUCGUGGAAUACUUCUACUCGAAGAGGCUCACCAUAACAAAAGAGAACAUCGAGGGACUUUUAUCUGCUGCAAGUUUAUUCGAAAUACCCUCUAUUGUGCACGAAUGCGGAGAAUUUAUCCAGGGAGAAAUUCAAAUAGACAAUUGUUUAGGAAUUCAAUCCCUUGCCGGUCAGUACUCGCUUUCGUCGCUGAAAAGUAAGGUUGAUGAUUUCGUUUGUUGGAAUUUUAUGAAGGUUGCCUGUGAGGACGAGUACGACAUGGUCCCCCCUGAUCAGUUGCGUGACAUCCUCAGCCAGGACACCCUGUAUGUGAAUGGUGAAGAAGACGUGUUUGAGGCUGUGAUGGCGUGGUUCGAGUACGACCAGGAACGUGUGCAUAAAUAUCCGGAUAUCAUGAGCCUUGUAAGAUUCCCUGUCAUGGAUCACAAGUACCUCGAGGAAAUCUACAGUGAUGAGGACAUCAUGGCGGUGCCCACAUGGAAUAAAAUCAUCUCAGACGUGGUCUCAAAUCCACUCAGGAGGAAAGCAGGCAAGUCCAGGCAAUCUCCCAAAGUGUUGUACCUCAUUGGUGAGUUGUACAAUGAGCCCAUUCAAAUGUUCAACCUGGAGACCUACUCAUGCACAACAGUUUCCAGGAUGAAAGAAAAUGCUGGCACUGCUGUUGUAGCAGAUGGUAGUCUGUAUAUGGUCGUAGGAGGCGGGCUCAUGGUGGACAGAUUCAACCCAAGAUUAAAUGACUGGGUGAGAGUUGCCGAUGGUUCAAAGGAGUCAGAGUUUGCAGCCUGUGGCGGGGUUGGUCGAAUUUACUUGGUAGGUGGUGGCAGAAGGGCCAAAUUCUUGGACUUAAGAACAAAAGAGUGGACUAAUCUUCCUUUAAUGAGCAUCCGGCGCAACUACCAUGCAAUUACUUGCGUAGAAAAUAAAGUGUUUGUCACUGGAGGAGUGACACCUCCUGGUGAACAGGCUAUUGCUGAUGCAGAAUGCUUCAAUACUGAGCUCAACAAGUGGGAAAGCAUCCCCCCAAUGAAUCAUGUGCGUUUUCGUCAUGAGUUAGCAUCUGCAGGCAAUCACGUCUAUGCCAUUGGAGGCUGUGAUAAGGUUGGCUCUGCCCAUAAGACUGUUGAGGUUUAUGACCUGAAGUCUUGUACUUGGCAGUUGAUAGGGGAAUUGAACCACCCUCGACGUGACUUUGCUGUAGGUGUAAUUCAAGGCAUGAUAUUUGUGUUUGGGGGUGGUGGAACCACAUCUAUCGAGCAAUACAACAUUGAUAUGGAUAAGUGGACAAUAGUUGGGAGCCUCAAUAAGCGAUGGAGCAAUUUUAGAUGCGUUUUAUAUCCCUUUAUUAAUUUCAAAUUAUAAGACAAUUCAUAUAAAAAAAUUUUUUACGCAUAGAAAAAAAAAACAAAGAACAGUGGACACUGCCAAUAGGGCACCCUAGUAUAACAGACACCUUCUGCAUAGUGGGCGCCCUGCAAUGCAUGAUGAGUCCUGGUGUCCUAUAUAAUAGGAUUUUAUGUUUAGAAAAAAAAUGUAUACUAAUAACAUUAAUCUAUUCGAAUAUUAUGUAUCAUAUAUUUUUUAUGGCAUAUUCAUGAUUAUUUUUAAGUAUCACACAUUUUAAUGCAGCAAUGGAUGUAACAGUUACUGUUUGUAUCCCGUCAUUAAACCAAUAGAAUAAAAAAGCGCAAACUCU